AUUUCUCUCGUUUAUUAAGGAAAUUUACAUGGCUAAUUUCACAAGCCUGGGAUUUGAACAUCGAAUAUUAUAUUGACCGACCGCCAGUUUUCCAACGCAAAAACGCUAGAGAUUUGCUGAUAGAAAAAGUAUUGGAUCGUGCGGAGGAGGAUUGUGUAGUUGAAAGAAGAGCGAGCGAAGGGUCAAGAUUUCUUGAAACUCGAUCGCCAAGAAACAUAACUCGGCCGAAAGUAAAGCUCUCAAGUGGGGGAUUGAUCCGAAAACAAAAGAGGAGACACUCGAGAGCAGUCAUGGAAAGCACAAAAACCGAUUCACUGAGACAAGGACAUGAACGGAACGAGGAGGCCAGGCCGAGAGCUUUCACCUCCAGUACCAUUGACGGGAAUACAGGCAACAAUUUAGAGCCCACUCUAACAGCAAUACAUACAUCAGAACAAUCAGCAGUUCCCGUUAGAAGCAAACGCUGUAAAUCUCUUCCUUUCUUGAUCCCAGAAGAAUACUCACAGCAAGGAAUUAACGGCGGCAGUAACACAGGGGAAGAGCUGGAAGAGAUUGGUUGUAGAGCGCUGAACCGAGAGCAAACAACAGAAACACUAACCAGCGGAGAAGGUUAUCGAGAAGACGAAUUAACUCUUAGAAGGUUAUCACUUCCAGUGAGUAUACAACAUGAAUUUGAAGACCGUGGGAAAAAUUCACACAGUGAAACAACAGACAUGACAAACUCGUCCACCUUGGAUUUCACAAAUUUGGACAAGUCUAACAGUUUGAUUACCGACUUCGAUAAACUGUCGAUGAUUAAAUUGAAGAGUGGCAAACAAGACAUGGAGGAUGAGUUUUUUCAGUCAGACUUUGAAAGGAGACGAACUUCAUUGCCGUGUCAUUUGGAACAAAGUAAUCUUUCCACGGAGGCCUGCAGUGAAAAAAGCGGUUUCGCUUCGGAUUUCAGAGUGGAUUCAGUGUCACAGAAAACUGUGAAAAUUAAAGCGCGGCAAAGAAGUCAAUCACUUCCCUUGACAAGUUUACGUUUUGUUGGCGAACCGAGAGUUCCUUUGAAAGAAGACUAUCCUAAUUUUAGUAAUUGCCGCCACGGCGAAUAUUGUUUCCGUCAACCGCUCGACCAUAUCGACAAAAGCAAUGAACAUUCACGAGAAAGAAAAAAAUCUCGAAGAACGCGCUCAAAAUCUUUGCCCUUAGUUUUAGAUGAAGCAGGAAAAGCUAACAUGUCAUUGAGUCUAAGAAAACACGCCAGACAAAGCAGUUUACAAAGUCACGACAGCUCACAUGACUCUAACACAAAGGCAAGAAGAACGCAAUCUCUGCCGUUUAUUUACGAAGGUUUUAAUGAACAGGAAGUUUUAUGUGAUGCUGAAAUCAUACAGCUUCACUCCCAAACUCACAAUGAUGGCUCCAGCGAAAAAGAAAGAGCGGUUAACACCGAGCGAAAGCCACUUCAUGGCAACGGAAGUAUUAAACACAAAGCACCGUUAGAAAGGGCGAGGUCACUUCCUUUACGACUACAAGGAGCCCAGCACAGACAAAUUUCUGACAUUCGGGAAGAUUUAAAUAAGGCUAUAGAUAUCUUUUUCUCGCAGAUUAAUGAUAAAGAUCACAAUGUUGGCUUUAGAGGAAGGUCAAAAUCACUCCCAGCCGUUCUGGAAGGAAAGCGAAGUCUCGAUUUUACACCUGUUGCGAAAAUUCUGGAAGAUGACAGUAACAUUCCUGAAAUAGUGAUUGCAGAGGGAAAUUUCUAUGACACUGUUGGUAUCGAAGACUGUGAAAGUCAGAUUGACAGAGAAAGUAUGCCUAGCUUUCCAGAAGAAGAAAAAAUACUAAAUGAAGAAUCAAACAGUGAUGGAAGCUCCGACUGUGAAGAUCUCGAGGCACAAAUCUCAAACUCAAGUUUUGUCGCUGAUCCGCCAUUAGUUGUAAGGGCGCGAGGCUUUUCAAUUCCUGCGUCUUUCAAAAUGGAAAAAAUUCCUGAGGAGCCGAACGAGAAUGAAAACUUUGAAACACUCUCAAGCUGCGGUGAACAAGGGGGUAACAAACAUGAAACAAAUUUUCUUUGUGAAGAUCAAUUAAAUGAAACAACAGAUUGCCAAGCACCUGUUGAAAACGUAAUUGUGUCGGAAGAAAGAAGAGACGUCCUCCGGAGUCAAAUUGUUCAUGACGAAGUCAGCUCUGCACGAGACACAGUGGAAGAACAACAAGAACCUACAAAUGAUUACGAACACAAUAUAGAAAUAUUUAACAAGAUGGUUGCCGAGUCUUCAUCUCGUGUCCAACAACUUGCAUUUGCAGAAUCUUCCUCCUGCCUCCAUCGCGCAGCCGCAAAUGGAGAUUUAGAACACGUAAAACUAUUGGUCGAGGAAGGUCAUGACGUCAACAUUUUGGACGAAUCUGGUUGGCCCGUUCUUCACGCGGCUGUUACUACUGGAAACUUUGACUGCUGCGCAUGGCUGAUUGAUGCCGGCGCUGACCUCGUAGAGUAUACUAACUUUGUUAUCGACGAGUACAGAAUGCUAUGUCGCCAAGUUUAUUUGAAUUACUAGUUAGCAUUACUUCCGAAUUUGCGCAGAAUAGUUCUUUAGUGGCGCUCAUCAAAACGUAAUUUAUUAACUAGCUUAUAAGCUCAAAUGUAGCUUCAACAUAGGGCUUCAAUGAAUAAAUAUAGCACCUUAAAAAAGGAUCACGAGA